CUCCCACAUCCCCCUAUCCUCCCCUCUCUCCCUUCUCCCCGUACUCCCUCUUCCCCCAAACCACCCACCACCGCCUUCCAACCCCGUCCCCGUCCCGUUCAGUCUCACCCUCCUCCUUCACCCCCUUCUCCCCCCUCGCCCCCUUCGCACGUCUACCCAGAACCCAUGUCCCUGUAUACGAUCACACCCGCACUAUGGCAGUCCAUAACCCACUACGCAACCUUUCCCCAAACCGGCGUCUCGCUGCAGCAGAUGAUCCUCUUUGGGGAAAAACACUCACAGGGAACUUUACUCCAGGCGGCGCAGUUCUUGAGUGAGGAACUCCCCGUUAGGCUUGCGCAUAGGGUUAAGGAACUGGAGGCUCUUCCGGAGGGACUGAGCGAGAUGCCGAGUAUCGUCAAGGUCAAGAACUGGUAUGCCCAGUCAUUCGAGGAACUGAUCAACUUCCCCCCACCGCAACUCACCCCCGAGCUCCGUAAACUCCUCUCAAAACCCACCUCCCCCUUCCCGAGCGCCACCGUCAACCCCGCUCUCUCCUCCUUCUCCUGGUCCCCGCCUCAUGCACAUCAUUCCGCGCACCCGGGCUCUCACGCGAACGGCACCACUGACCCACACAAGAGGCGUAUACCUAUCGAACGCCGGCUUUACUCUUCUCCACCGGAAAACGUCACUUGGCCUCCUUCGGUCAUAGACUACAACCGCCGCUUUACGAAGACGCUCGAAGUGAUCAAGCGGAGGCACGACCCCACGGCCACGACGGUAGCGGCGGGGGUGUUGGAGUGGAAGAAACGGAAGAAGUGGGGAGGGGUCGUCUUGCAUGAGGAGAUUGGGAAGUGGUUGGAUAGGUUUUAUUUGUCUAGGAUCGGCAUCCGGUUCUUGAUUGGCCAGCACAUCGCACUCAACACCCAACCCGUAACGCCCGACCACGUGGGCAUAAUCUGCAAACACGCAAACGUGCAUUCCAUAGUGAGCGAAGCGAUCGAGAACGCGCGAUUUAUCUGCGAGGAACAUUAUGGUUUGUUUAAGGGUCCGGUGGUGGAGCUGAUAUGUGAUGAGGAGCUGACGUUCCCUUAUGUUCCUGGGCAUUUGAACCAUAUCUGCUUUGAGUUGCUUAAAAACUCCCUAAGGGCAACAAUAGAGCGUCACGGUCCCUCCUCCCCCCCCCCAAUAAAGAUAAUCGUCUCCUCCGGCCUAGAAGACAUCACAAUAAAGAUCUCCGAUGAAGGGGGGGGCAUCCCAAGGAGCGCCGUGCCGUGGAUUUGGACGUAUAUGUAUACUACGAUGGAGAACCAGGCGCUGGAUGAGGAUUUUGGGGAGAGUGAUUUUAGGGCUCCGAUGGCGGGGUUUGGGUAUGGGCUGCCGUUGUCUCGCUUGUACGCGCGAUACUUCGGCGGAGACCUCCAAUUGAUCUCACUCGAAGGGUAUGGGACGGACGUGUAUAUCCAUUUGAAUAAGUUGAGUAGUAGUGAGGAGCCGUUGAUGUGAGCCCGAGCCCGAGCCCGUGAGGGCGAGGGCGAGGCGAGGGAGCGAGGGAGGGUGCGCGGAGCGGGCAGGCAGGCGGGGAAGGAAGGUGCUACGAACUAGCCUUGAAGGAAGGGCGGCGAGGGGAUACGAGGACUGUUCUGAAGCCUGAAGCGUUUGGGAGGGACGCAGGGGUGUUGGUUUGUGUUGGGUUGAAAGAGAUGAAACAAGAUAAGGGAGAAGGGAGAAGGGAGGAAAGAACGAGGGACGAAGGAGGGGGGAUAUGGAACGAGGCAUGAUGGUAUGACAACAUGAUGGCAUCGGCGUGUGGAAAAUCGUUAUUCUUGUUUGUUUGUUUGUUGUCUGUUUGUUCGUUUGUAACUUGGAAAUGGGAAAU